UAGUGUUUCACGGAGUAAAAAUACUUUGAGAAUUUGAUUUACUUUCGUUUCGCUGCCAAAACAUCGCUGAACAAAAUGCUAUUGAACAAACUUUUGGCGUUAAGUCUUUUAUUAACCGUUUUAGAUUUGACUUCCUGUCAGUGGUGUACCAGAAAAAUAUAUGAGAGACAAAGUUAUACACGAGAGAAAGAUUAUAUAGAAACUUAUAUUACUUCAAAGUGGAUAUUCUUUGAACAAGAAAAAACGAGACAUGCGAGCGAAGUGGUUACUGAUUAUAAAAAUGUAUCAAAGUCUGAACGCAUUUGCUGUGAUGGAUACAGGCUGAUCGGUGGCAAUUGCGAGCCCAUUUGCAAGCCUAACUGUCAAAUCAACAGUCGUUGUACCGGUGUCAAUGAAUGCACUUGCAAUGAUGGUUACUUUUCUAGCCAAUCUACUGCAGUUGAUACCACAGAGAGCAACAUCGAGUUGUGUCUACCGAUCUGCAGUGCCGGCUGUCCAGCGAAUUCCAGUUGCGUUAGGCCGAAUGACUGCGUAUGCGCGAUAGGUUACGAAAUGAGCGCGCAUGGUGUGUGCGAACGUACAACAAUUACAACGACUAGUAUGACAAUAAUUGAAACAACCGAAGACACUACAACAAGCGAGAUUGAAACAACAACUGGAAUAUCGUCCACCACUGAAGUGACAACAAUUGAAACAACCGUAGACACCACAAUAAACGACAUUGAAACAUCAGGACUAUCGUCCACCACAGAAAAGACAACAAUUGAAACAACCGAUGACACUACAAUAACCGACAUUAAAACAAUAACAGGACUAUCGUCCACCACUGAAAUUUCAACAAUUGAAACAACCGAUGACACUACAACAAGCGAUAUUGAAACAACAACAUCAACAUCCUCCACCACUGAAGUGACAACAAUUGAAACAACCGAUGACACUAAAACAAGUGAGAUUGAAACAACAACAAUAACAUCGUCCACCAUUGAAAUGACAACAAUUGAAACAACCGAUGAUACUACAACAAGCGACAGUGAAACAACAAGUGGAAUAUCGUCCACCACUGAAAGCAUUGAGUUGUUCACGAACACUGUAGAAGGUAAGGUACUGACAGAGGUUAGUGCCGGCGACGAAAAAGGAGCUUUCUUACCGUCAAACGAGUUGAAUAAGUGUGCAGAUCAGUGCAGUUGUUGGAAGGUACAUCCCAGAGAUAAGUGUCAUGUAAUAUGUGGAUCAACGGAAACUCGGUGCUUGGAGCCGCAAUUCAGUCGAUGUAUUGAACCAAGCAAACGAAUUGAAUACAGAGUUUCCGAUGUAACGCAAAUAUAUACGUGCUACCCAGAUAGUUUCCUGGGUACUCCGAAAACUGCCGGCUCUACUCGUCCGUUGCAAACUAUUGUUGUUGGUCUGCUGUUAACUGCAAUUAUGUUAGUUGUGUUUUUUUUUAUACAUAUCGUUCCAGAAAGAUAACUACCAAUUCCAACGGAAGAAAAAACAAAUAAGGAAGGGCUUAGUUCGGGUGUAACCGAAUUAUACUCUCGCAAUUUAUUGAUAAAGUUUUAUUAAGAUAACAAACAAUUUCACCCAUAUAUUCAGCAAAAAGUCCAAUAGAGUAACGAAAAUAAUCACAUAUAGUGCAUGAAGGCUGAGGUAAUUCAUGAACUGUUUUCACUCAUUUUCGUCACCAGGGUACACUAUAGCCAAGACUAUAUGCUCACUUAAUUUUGCUAAGUUACCUCACAUAUUAACCGAUUUAUAAAGUAUAAAGCUCCCCGUAUUUUUGAAAACCCAAUAAUUAGGUAUAUGGGAGCUAGGUGAAGUUAUGAUCCGAGUUUGACAAGUUUUGGCACAGAAACACACUUCGCCCAUUUUCCAUCGGUAGUAAAUGGAUGUCUCAAAAUAUUACGUACCGAAUUCCUUUAAAAUUGGGUUAUGUAGCAAAAGUGGGCGACGCCACGACCAUUUUUCGUUUUUUAAAGAAAGCUGAGUGCAGAUUGUUUCUUCUACUUCUUCUGUAAAAUUUAUUGUUUCUGACGUUUUUCGUUAGUAAAUUUAUGCAAUGAAUUUCACCUAUUGUAAUGGUUUGUGAUGGGGUACUAAAAAGAAAUGUGAGUAGUCAGUUUGGUAUAUGUAGCUUAUAUAGCCUAUUAGAAGUCAAGGCCGAAC